GCUGUCAGUCCGGGCUGCCCUUUUUGCUACGUAUUUCCGGUGUCUCUUCUCUUUUACAAGCUAGUGUCCAAGGCCCCGGACCGGGAGAAGAGGAGGAGUCGUCGCCACAGCCGCUGCCACCGGGUACGAAAGGGGAGAAGCGGAGAGACGGAAGGAGGACACAGAUUCAGAAAUGUCUUUCAUACUUGAGUGGUUAUAUAACGGCUUCAGCAGUGUCCUGCAGUUUUUAGGAUUAUACAAGAAGUGUGGGAAACUAGUAUUUUUAGGCUUGGACAAUGCUGGUAAAACCACGCUGCUACACAUGCUGAAGGAUGACCGGCUUGGCCAGCACGUCCCCACACUACAUCCAACUUCAGAAGAAUUGACGAUUGCUGGAAUGACUUUCACAACUUUUGACCUUGGUGGACAUGAACAAGCUCGGCGUGUUUGGAAGAACUACUUACCAGCAAUCAAUGGAAUUGUGUUUCUUGUGGACUGUGCAGACACUUCCCGCCUUAUGGAGUCCAAAGUGGAGCUCAAUGCUCUCAUGACCGAUGAAACAAUAUCAAAUGUGCCAAUCCUUAUCCUCGGUAAUAAAAUUGACAGAGCCGACGCGAUCAGUGAAGAGCGACUGAGAGAAAUAUUCGGACUUUAUGGACAAACCACAGGAAAAGGUAACGUGCCACUGAAGGAUCUAAACGCCCGUCCCAUGGAAGUGUUUAUGUGCAGUGUGCUCAAGAGGCAAGGCUAUGGCGAGGGCUUCCGCUGGCUCUCACAGUAUAUUGACUGAAACUUUUUCCACCCUCUUCUCCAAUUGUUCCCUUUGAAACCACAAGAAAACCAACAAAACCAGAUUAUAGAGAGUUCAACUCCUCCGGACUUGAUCCAGACGGACUUUCUCAGUGUGGGGUAGACUCACGAAGGCAGUGAUUAACACAUGCAACAACCAGGAGUCUUGUGGGGCGCCCCUCCUCUGAUCAUGAGUCAAAUCAAAAGAAAACCAUUCUAUUUUUAAGGAACGUGUCAGCCGAAGCAGUGUCCCUCCCCGUUUUAUUUGUUUUUUGGCUUUUUUUUUUUAAAGUAGUUUAUUUGGUCCGGAGUUAACUUUUUUUUUUUUUUUUUUGUUUUGUUUUUUUAAUCUAUUUAAUGCUAUUUACAUUUAUCACUAAAUACUGAUCCACGUAUCAUAACCUUAGACGUCCACAAUAAACAUAGUUUUUGGGCUGGCCUGCUCUCUAACAAUGAAUUUGCUGUAGAAAUUUGGCUAAUAUGUAUUUGGAGCAUGGAUUAGACGCCAUGAGGUAUUUACAUUUUGUGGUUUUGCUUUUCUUUCUUCUUUUUUUUUUCUUCUUUUUUUCCUCCUUUCACUUGUGUGAAGUGAAAAGUGCCCUUUGAAGCAAAGGUAUUGCCGAGGCUUCAUGUCUUCACUGCCCUUUUAGAUUGAUGUUUGUGGCAAUUAUGCUCACUGCAACCUGAGCAUUGUGUCUGGUGUCAUUUAUUAGUCUAAUAUCAACUCUCACUACAACGUGUUCAAAGGGCCUUCUGGAAGUCAACAGGUUUUGAUACACCUUUUUUUUUUUUUUUUGUUUUUUUUAUCCCUCCCCAGACCUGAGAGUACUAACAGCCGGAAGGAGAUAUGUAAAAAAUGUCUAUACACAGUAUACAUCAUAUUUUCUCAAGUUAUUAUUUUAGUUGCGUUUUAAAUACCAAUGGGUUGUCCAGUUCCCACUUUGCAACAUAUAUAGAAUUUGCAAUAAAGUAAAAACACUCAGAUA